CGCCCUAGAAGUGGAUGCAUCAUAAGCAGAUCUGGAGACAGGCAGAAUGUGAACACGCUCUCGCGCAGCUGGCGCUGAAAUGUAAUAAUGACUUUGACAAAGAUAAAGGCAGAAGUUUGGUAAUAGAUCAACUCGGUUCCGCUGUCCGCUGAGCUUUGAUAGCAAGAAAUCCGCUUUAACUUUCAUGUUCUGUGGCGAGGAGAGCGACACGGAGUCGUCCGCGUGCGGAUCUGGAUUUCCUCUCCACAUCAUCCAUGUUUCUGUGAUUCGCUCUUUUAGUGUGUCAGGAUGGGCUAAAAACAAUUGCUAGCACCUGCGUACCAUACACCUGGACCCUCCAAAGUCUCGCCUGUGCACAGGUAAACAGGCGGUGAGUCUCGACACCAUGCAGGGACCUCGGAGGAAGGUGAAGGUCAUGGUGAUGAUGACAAUGGUGUUCAUCUUCAUAGUGGUGGAGGUCUCUCGCAAUGCUGGUAAAGGCGACGGCAGCAAAAAUAAGCAGCUGGUUCCCACAAAGCGUUUCUGGGCAAAAGAUCUCCCCAGUGAUGCCUACUGGAAUCGCAGACAGCAACAGCUGAACUACAUCAACAAUCGCAACCUAGAAAAGCUCAACUUCACGACUGAUAAGCUUCCAGACUGGCUAAACGACACAGUCAGCGUGGACUCCUGUGAGCCAGACUUCAGGGUGACCACCCAAGUCAAGGAUUACAACUCGCUACCGGAUCGCUUUAAGGACUUUCUGCUUUUCAUGCGCUGCAGGUCCUAUCCCAUCGUGAUGGAUCAGCCAAACAUAUGCAAAGACCCACCGUUCCUCCUCCUAGCUAUCAAAUCUUUAGUCCCGCACUUUGAUAGACGUCAGGCCAUCCGUGAGUCGUGGGGCAAAGCUGGCCUCCUUGCAAACAGAACGGUUGUUACAGUGUUUCUUCUUGGAAAUGCAGCCACAGAGGACCACUUUCCUGAUCUUUCAAAAAUGCUUCUCCAUGAGAGCUCCAUGCAUGGAGAUAUUCUCCAAUGGGACUUUAGGGACACCUUCUUCAACCUCACCAUCAAGGAAGUGCUUUUUCUGGAAUGGCUGAACACCCGCUGUCCUGGAGUCAGUUACGUCUUCAAGGGCGAUGACGAUGUUUUUGUUAACACCAUCCGCAUUAUAGACUUCCUAAGCAAUCUUUCUCAUGCCAAAGCCAAGGAGCUGUUUGUAGGAGAUGUGAUUACCAAUGCUGGUCCACACCGGGACAAAAAGGUCAAGUAUUUUAUCCCGGAAAGCAUGUACGUUGGAACAUACCCUGCUUAUGCGGGUGGGGGCGGUUAUUUGUUCUCGGGACAGCUGGUCCAGAAACUUCAUAAUGUCUCGAAGUUGGUGCCCCUCUACCCCAUUGAUGAUGUCUACACAGGUAUGUGCCUUAAGAAACUGGGCCUUGCUCCUGAGAAGCACAAAGGCUUCAGGACCUUUGAUAUCGAGGCGAAAUAUCGCGAUAACGCCUGUGCCUAUAACAGCCUGAUGCUGGUCCAUCCCAGAAGUCCUCAACAUAUGAUUAAAAUCUGGGCCUGGCUGAAGGACCCAGCUUUGAACUGUCAGUGAACUGCUGAUCCAGGGUUUUGGCUGCUUUAAAAGGAUAGUUCACCCAAAAAUGCUAAUUCUGUCAUCAUUUACACACCCUCAUGACAUUUUAAAACUGUAUGAUUGACUUUGUCGUUUCUUUCAUUCGUUUGACCAGAAAAAACUUUUUUUUUUUUUUUUUUUUUGUGGUCCCCAUUAACUUUCAUUAUAUGGACGUCUUUUGUGUUCUGCAGUUUGGAACAGCAUGAGAUUGAGAAAAUGAUGACAGAAUUGUCAUUUUUGGGUGAACUAGUUCUUUAACAUUUUACCAUUGUUCUAAUGUGGUUUUAUUUAGCAUCUUUAUGGAAUUAAUUUCAUAUCAAAGGUCAGAAGCGAUGAUGAGCUCUUUAGAUGGGUGUAUAUUUCAAAUGUAGCUCUAAAUUGCUACCCACAUAGUAUUCCAUUGGCUUGACUUUUUGUCAACAAAUUCUGCUGAUAAUGUUACAAGUAUUUAUACAGUGCUCUGUGGUUGUGAGAGGAUUGUGGGAAAUGUAGUUCAGCUGGUCUGAACAUGGCACAGACAAUACACAGCACACCUGAGCAUAAAUAUCUGUCGAUCGUUUUGAUAAAAUGUGGUUUCUUUUUCUAUAGGAGAAUUCUGUUGGAUUAUGCUAAAGUGAACAGAAAAGUUCUAUUCAGCCAUCACAAGCUUAAUUCAUACUUGCUGCUCUAGUUCUAUGUAAUAUGUAGAAACAUAUUGCCUUCCUGUUUAUAUUAUAUAUCAUAUUGCUACAGCCCAUGCUCCUUUAGAUUGAGUAGUUGGCUCAUUUUAGAGCCCUGUUUGUGGGGACAGCAGUUUUGGAUACCAACUAAAUAUAGGUUGCCUACCCAAACCUCUACAUGUGUGCUUUUGACUUCAUGCAUUACUUUUACUUCUAGAUUAUUUGUUCUUUUUUCACGAGCAGACAAUCAGUUGCAAGUCAUAAAGCUUUGUAUUAACAGAUUAGCCAAAGACCAGGUCAUUGUGUCAAAGAAAUGUUUAAAAUGUACAAAAUCAUUAACUCCUUUGCUGAAAAACUAGACGAUAUGCUUGCUCCCCUUUCAAUCUGAUUCUCAGGAUGUUUUUCGAGAGUUUUGGUCAAACUUGCAAAUCAGAGAUGAUAAAGUUCAGAGCUGUGGGUUUUAUUUUCCAUUUAAAAUCCAGGCAUCCCACAAUUUACCUUUUUGACUAAGUGAAUGAAACUUUGCAGCCAGUUUUCGUGAUCAUGCUGUCCUUGCUUUUUUCCCUUCUAUAAAGAGGCCAGGAACCGGGGUCUCAGCUGGAUGACUUUAUUACUGAAUUUUACACAGUGGCCCUCAACUAAGUUACAGUGACCCCUGCUGGUCUGCAUAUGUUUUUCUUUUCUUUUUUAAAUAAACACUGGACCUUUAUUUUUCACAUUUGUCUUAAGCUUGAUUGAAUAUUUAAAUCAUGUCUAUGGCCUGCCAGUCAACUAGAAAUACAUUUUUUCUGUGACUGUUCACCAUCAACUGUGUCUCCUAUUAAAGACACUUAGGCCUAGUAAUUUCCUGGGGUGUGCUGACUAUAUCCGCUCUAUAAUCUGUUACUCUUUGUUUUGCCUCAUUGGUUGAUUGCUGAAGAGCUUAAUCAAGUUUGUGUCAUGUAGUGUAUAUGUAGUGUCACAAUUUGUAGUGUUUAAUAUUACGUUGUCCACCCAGUUAUGAGGAAUGAGGGCUAAGGGUGUGUGAUUUUUAUAUUGUCUCUCUUCUAAUAGCAAGACAAGCACACCGUUUAACAGCCUGAUGUAGUGUUUGGUGAGAGGAACAAAGUGUUUACAUGAGUUCAUGAACAGUACAAAAAGCUUGUAUUUAUAAACUACAAUUUUACCCAUGAUGAAGGUAGAUUAUGCAAGUUUUUAUACACUGGUAUUUACUGUACUCCUGUGAGAUCUCAAACUCUUCAAGCUGUUGUUGUUGCUCUUGCAUCUGUGCAUAACAUUGACGAAAACAAACUCUCGUCUCAUGUUGUUCACAAACGUUAUGUUUAUGUAUUAGAAAUUCUUUUAAAAAGCAAUUUAGUUUCUUUUGUUACUGACUUGAAAAUAGUUCUUUAUUUCCAUCAUAAGAUAUUUGAAUGUUAAUAUGAUGGCUUUAGUUGUGCAUGUAUGUAUGUAUAUUUAUGUGUAUUUAUAUUGAUGUGUAUGUAUAGGCUGAGGAGUAUGAUCAUGAAAAUCCUGUUCUAAAAAUGAAAUCUUGAUUCUGUUUGUAUUUUUGAAUCAUCACUCAGUAAUGUGUCUAUAUGGAAUUUAUGAGACAUUACUUUUAUUUCACUUUUCCCACAAAAAUAUUUUUAGAACAGUCAAAUUACUUUUUUUGACACAUUUAUAUGCUGAUUAUUUUCUGACAACACCUCUUCCCUAAAAAACACAUUGUGAACUACACAAAUGUUAUUACCAAAAUGUGCCUGUUAAUUCUGAUUGUUAAUCAUUGUCGGUCUUUGUAAUUGAAUAUGCACAUUUGUUUUUCUCAUGUUUAUGACUGCCUUUUUUAAUUUAAUUCUUGUAACAAGUGGAAUAAACUGAUGUCUUGUACCGCUGUCA